GUGUCUGGUGGUUUGCCUAAGCCUACAAAUAUCACCUUCUCAUCCAUCAACAUGAAGAAUAUCUUACAAUGGAGACCACCAGAGGGCCUACUAGGAGUGGAAGUUACUUACACCGUGCUGUAUUUCAUAUAUGGGCAAAAGAAAUGGCUGAAUAAAUCUGAAUGCAGAAACAUCAGUAGGACCUACUGUGAUCUCUCUGCUGAAACUUCUGACUAUGAACAUCAAUAUUAUGGGAAAGUUAAGGCCAUUUGGGGAACGAAUUGUUCCAAAUGGGCAGAAACUGGACGAUUCUAUCCUUUUUUAGAAACACAGAUUGGCCCUCCAGCGGUGGCUUUGACUCCUGGUGAGAAAUCCAUUUCUAUUGUUCUAACGGCUCCAGAGAAGUGGAAGAAAAAUCCAGAAGAAAGUUCUAUUUCCAUGCAACAAAUAUACUCUAAUCUGAAGUAUAAUGUGUCCGUAUAUAAUACUAAAUCAAACAGAACGUGGUCCCUGUGUGUGACCAACCACACACUUAUGCUCAGCUGGCUGGAGCCGGACACGCUGUACUGCAUCCAGGUGGAGUCGUUCGUCCCAGGGCCACCUCGCCUUGCUCAGCCUUCCGAGAAGCAGUGUGUCAAUACUUUGAAAGAUCAAACAUCAGCACUGAAGAUUAAAAUCAUCUUCUGGUAUGUUUUGCCCACAUCUGUUAUCGUGUUUAUUUUUUUUGUGAUGGGCUUCUCCAUGUACAGAUAUAUCCAUGUUGGCAAAGAGAAACACCCAGCAAAUUUGAUUUUGAUUUAUGGAAAUGAAUUUGACAAAAGAUUCUUUGUACCUGCUGAAAAAAUUGUGAUUAACUUUAUCACCCUCAAUAUUUUGGAGGAUUCUAAAAUUUCUCAUAAGGAUAUAAGUGUAAUGGAAAAAAACAAUGAUGCCUCAGACCUGAAUGAGCCCAGCGAGGACCAGGAGCCCCAGCAGGAAGAAAUGGAGGUGAAGCGCUUAGGAUAUGCUUCACAUCUGAUGGACAUUUUCUGUGACUCUGAGAAAUACACCAAAGGGUCUUCCCUAACCCAGCAAGAGUCACUCAGCGGAACAACACCCACAGCUAGAACAGUCAUUGAAUAUGAAUAUGAUGUAAGAACUACUGACAUUUGUGUGGGGCCUGGAGAUCAGGCGCUCAGUCUGCAGGAGGUGUUCCUCCAAGGAAAAUUAUUUGAGCAACAAGCAGCUUUGGCAGUCACAGAUCCACAAACACUACUGUAUUCAUAUACCCCUCAGCUCAGAGACUUAGACCACCAGCCACAGGAGUACGUGGACGUGGAAGAAGGGCCAGAGGAAGAACUAUCAACUACACUUGUCGAUUGGGACCCUCAGACUGGCAGGCUGUGUAUACCUUCAUUAUCUAGCUUUGAACAUGACUCAGAAGACUGUGAGUUUCCUGAGUACAAGGAGCUCACAGAAGAGGGCCUUUUGUCUAGACUCUAUGAGAAACAGGCUCUAGACAAGUCACUGGAAGAAGAUGAAACCUAUCUUUUGCAAUUUUUGGAGGAAUGGGGAUUAUAUGUACAAAUGGAAGACUAAUGCCCAAACAUUCCUCUGCCAGAUCACUACUGUUACAAGGCCCAUGAGUGCAAAUGUAUGAAUGAAUGAACA